GAAGAAGAAAAAAAUGAAGGAGAACAGAGAAAGAAAGAAAGAGAAAGAAAUAUUUUGGACGACAAUCGAGAUGGCGUUGAUACAAAGGUUGGCAAUUGUGAUUUCGAUACUGUGAUAUUGUCGAUAUUUCGAAAAAAAGAUUGAACGUGCAGUGUUUCUUCAAGAUUUAUCGUGCGACUUCAAAUUUUUUGUCUUCACUUUUCGUGACUAUGGAGAUUCAGGAUAUUUAAUAAUAAUAAUAAUUUAUAUGAAGAAAGAAAAUUGUUUGUAAAAAAAAAUAAUGUGGUAAAAUUAUGGACGACCGGUUAUAUCCCCUCACUCGUUUUCAGUUCGCUUAAUCUCUCAAUCUCCUUUAGUUAGUCGAUAAAACAGAAAAUGUUAGGAAAAAUUACGUUUUCGUAAUGUACAUACCGACAAUGCGAACGUAGAUUUUCGCGGCUUGUACAGGUUGGAAGAUCAUCAUCCAGAAACGCGAGUAGAUCUGUUGUCAGUAGGAAUCAUCAACUGUAUGGAGAUUUAUCGGAGAAAAAUUAUUAUCUGAACUAUGGAUUCUCCACCUGCUUUGGAAACUGUCUAUCAAGCUGUAUAUUCCUUAUACAAUAAUUCAAAUCCAUCCGAUUCUGGGAAAGCAUCAUUAUGGCUUGGAGAAUUGCAAAAAUCAGUAUUUGCAUGGAAAAUAUCUGACGAAAUGUUGCAGCAAAAGAGAGACAUAGAGUCUUGUUAUUUUGCUGCACAAACUAUGCGUACAAAAAUACAAUUAUCCUUUCAUGAGUUACCUUUAGAAGCUCAUACUUCUUUGCGCGAUUCUUUAAUGGAACAUAUAUCACAAAUUAAUGAACAUACCAAUUCUGCCAUUGUUACACAGUUAUGUUUAGCAUUGGCAGCUCUUGCGUUACAAAUGUCAUCGUGGCAGAAACCUGUUAUAGAUUUAAUUAACAGGUUCGGAAGAACAAGCAGCAGUCUUUGGCCAUUGCUAGAGAUUAUGACUGUACUUCCAGAAGAAGUAAAGUCAAAAUCUCUUAGAUUAGGAGCCAACAGAAGACAACACGUAUUGGUAGAGCUUAUUGCGACUGCUGAUACAGUUACAGAAUUCUUGAAAAUGUGUUUGAAAGAUGGCGGUGAUAAUGUACAAAUACGAGUUACUAUUCUUCGAUGUUUUACUAGUUGGAUUACUGUUCGUGCUAUACCUCUUCAGACUAUACCAACGAGUGAAGUUGUGACAUACGUAUUUCAAGUAUUGGGUAAUCAUAUGGCUGGUUCUCAAUUACACGAAGCUGCUGCAGAUUGUAUGUGCGUUAUCCUACAAGCAUUAGAAGAAGAUAGUAAUAGUAGUCGAGAUAAUAAUAGCGAACCAAGUGCUCAAUUUCAACAAUUACAAAUGUGUCUUUUUAGUAAUGUAAUGGAUUUAGAACAACCAUAUCAUUUAUCUGUCGUUCACGAAGAUAUGGAAAAAUCUAUUAACUAUUGUCGUGUUUUUACGGAAUUGGCCGAAACAUUUAUCGAUACUAUCAUAGAAGGUAGUAUGGAUAGAAAAAGUCAUUAUGCUAUCAAGAUUCUUGAUCUUGUUCUCAUGUGUCUUGGACAUCACGAUUAUGAAGUCGCACAAAUAACUUUUCAUCUUUGGUAUCGAUUAUCAGAAGUCCUUUAUCAAAAAAAUGACGAUGAACUUAAUCUCGUAUUUCGACCACACAUUGAACGAUUAAUCGGUGCACUUUGUAGGCAUUGCCAAAUGGAACCAGAUCAUCUUGGUUUAGUAGAAGAAGGUGGAGGAGGAGAAGAGUUUGCAGAAUUUAGAAAUCGCGUAUCAGAACUCAUAAAAGACGUAAUAUUUGUAGUUGGCAGCAGUCAUUGUUUCAGACAAAUGUUUUCUUCAUUAACAGGUGGUCCUGGUCCACAAGGACUACCCGUUCAAACUCCUACUUGGGAUUCUAUAGAGGCUGCGCUUUUUGUAAUGCAAGCAGUUGCUAAAAAUAUACUACCAGAGGAAAAUGACGUUGUUCCAAAAGUAGUUGAAGCAAUCCUUAAUUUACCAGAAAACACUCAUAUUGCUGUACGACAUACAAGCAUUCUUUUGUUAGGAGAAUUAUGUGAAUGGAUAGACAGUCAUCCCCAAACAUUAGAACCAAUACUAAAUACUUUAUUGGCUUGUCUAAGUCAAAAAGGAUUAGGAACUGCAGCAUCCGGUGCACUUUUAAGCAUUUGUACUGCAUGUGCAAUACGUAUGGGACCACAUUUCCCUGGAUUGUUGCAAAUUGCACGCUCUCUUGAUAGUUUUGGUAUAAGUAAUGAUUCUGCUAUUGGACUGCUAAAAGGUGCAGCAUUAGUUUUGGCAAGAUUACCAAGAGCAGAAAUUACCCCAGCGAUGAAAGAAUUAUGUUGGUUUCAAGCUAUACCACUUUGCGAGCUUUUGCAAAAUAAAGUACCAAUAGAAAAGGGAACAAAGACUGAUCCUGUGAUAUGGUUAGAUAGAUUAGCAGUAAUAUUUAGGUACACUAAUCCUCUAAUCCGGGAUUCAAACGAACCACAUCCCUGUCAGAAUGUUGUUACUGAAAUGUGGCCAGUAUUGUCAAAUGUAUGUACAGAAUAUCAGCACGAUGCAAGACUUAUGGAAAGAUGUUGUCGUUGUUUAAGGUUCGCUGUUAGAUGUGUAGGCAAAUAUUCCGCACAUCUCCUUGAGCCACUUGUAAAACAGAUUGUACAAUUAUAUUCCGCGCAUCAACAUAGUUGUUUCUUAUAUCUUGGUUCCAUAUUAGUCGACGAAUAUGCUUUUGAAACGGAAUGUUUGCCAGGAUUACUGAGUAUGUUGGAAGCUUUUAUCGGACCUACUUUUACGAUUCUUCAACAAGACGAUGGUUUAAAAGAUCAUCCUGAUACUAUAGACGACCUCUUCAGAUUAUGCGCUAGGUUUCUACAAAGAGUACCUAUUCCUUUUCUACAUUCAUCAAUAAUCGGAAGUGUAAUUGACUGUGCUUUGAUGGCAUGUAGUUUAGAUCAUAGAGAUGCUAAUGCUUCAGUAAUGAAAUUCUUUUAUGAUCUUUUAUAUAGUGGUAGAAUGCUUCAGUCACAUCCGGAUUACUCGAUACGACGACAAUUAGUGAGAGGAAUAAUAUUAGAAAAAGGUCAAACAUUAGUUAUGAGACUUCUUCAUGCUUCUGUAUUCUCGUUAUCUUCGUACAUGUUAUCCGAUGUUGCAGACGUUAUCGUUGAACUUAAUUUAGCCGAUAGGCAGCUUUUAUCAAAAUGGUUAGAAGAAGCUAUAAAAUCAAUGCCAACUCAAAAUGCGGAUGGAUCUCCUACGGCAACAAACGAACAACUUGUUGAAUUCCAUAAUACCGUUACAAGAGCUGAUAUAGCUAAACCUGUGACAGUUGCCCUAAGAUACUUCGCGCGUUUAUAUCGUUGAUGCAACUUGAUUUUUUAUCAAUGAUUAACAAGAACUAAUAACUAGUAAAGUUCUUCCAACAUGCAAUACCCCUAUGCAAUUACAACCGAAAGUGAUGAGAACCUACAAGGGUGUUGUUAACUGGUAAGUUAACUUUAUAUAACUGUUAUGGAGAAAAAAGCAGUUUCGCGGAAAUCUAUAAAAUAAAACAUACAUACAGACAUACAUACAUACAUACAUUUGUGUCUGUGUGUGCGUGUGAGUGUGUGUAUAUAUAUAUAUAUAUACAUAUAUAUAUAUAUAUAUGUUCAUUCUAUCUACUUAUUUAUUUGCAAAGUAUGUACAAAAAUUUUAUUUCUAUAAUAAACUAUAACAUUUGAAUUUAUUUCUUUUUUUUUUUCAAGUAUUAUGUCGUUUUAAAAAAGAAUUUUUUAAAAUAUAAUUUAUUACCUUUUUUCGUUUUUAAUAUAUAUAAUCGCACAAAUAUACACAAACAAAAAUUGGAAAAAAUAAAUAUUUUCAAAUGAUAAAAUAUGAUUUUUAAUAGAAACACUAACUUUUUUUGCAUAAAAACCUUUUUGACUGUUCAACUAUUUCAGAACUAUAUUUCUCUGUUUUUAUAUUACCUAUUAUAUAAUAGGUAAAUAUCUAGUCAUCUCUUACGAUUUUUUUUUUGGUUAAUCAAAUUAAUAUAGUUGAUAGUUAAAACAAAAUAUAAAUACAUACUUUGUAAAAUGAUAUGGAGUUAGUAGAAUAUUUUGGACAUUUAAUGAUAAAUUUUUUUAUUUACUUUCAAUCUUAUUAAUAUUAUGAAACACAUAAUUACAUUUUAUUAAUUUGAUUGUAAUAACAUACAUAAACAUAUAUUUUCUUAUAAAAAUAUUUUAGAGAAAGAGGGAUGGAAAGUAAGAAAUUUAUGUAUACAUGCGUCUAACUUGUAUCAGCUGUAAGGGGGAAAAAAAAAAAGAGAAAUAUUUUUAAUUUUUGACCAUCAGAUUGUAAUAUGCAAUAUCUCUUUUUAUUUUCCAUCUAAUCGAAGUUAUAACCGUAUUUAACUUUUCACACUUUGGAGACACAGAUUUUAUAAUUAUAAUAUUACGAUUAACAUGAUACAUAAAUUGCAGAGUAUCUCAGUUAUGAAUUUGUUAACUCGCUAUAUCAUUAUUAUAUUUAUGAGAAACUAUGGAUUGAAAAUGUACAAGCGCAUGAUAUUGAAAUCAAUUUAUAUAAAAUUUUCUUUGAAAAAUAUAUUUAAGUGAAAAUUCUUUCAUGGAAGAUCUAUGUAAGAUUGUAUUAAAAAAUUUUUGACGUUUCAUAUAAACACACUGAACUUCUUAAGAAAAAAGAAAAGAAAGAAAGAAAAAAAAAAGAACUGCUUAUUCUUUCUAAUACAAUGACAACUAUCUCAUCAAAAUUUCAAAGUAAAUAGUAGAGCCAAUCUUAAAAAAAAAUGCUCCAAUACUAUUUCUUUAUAAUCACGGGGUACGUAUUAAAUGAUAAAAAUCUACACAGAAAAGUUUCAAUGAUGUAUAAAAAUGUUAUUGUAUUAAUAUAACAACUUCGUACUAUAGUUCCAAACUACUACUAUUACUAUACAGAAAUGAAAUCUGUAUGUGUAACGACUGCUUUUCUGUGUAAUAAAAUCAUAUUUAUAUAAGGAUAACGCAAUUAUAAGUAUAAUACACAUUCAGAUAUAUAAAAAUAAGUUUAGAAGCUUACAUUCUUGAUAUAUUUAAUUUAACAAGCUAUAGAGCGCGCUAUUCUUAAAUUGUACAGAUUGUUUACGAAAGCAAAGAUAAAGUUCAAGUUUGUCAUGGAAUGUUAUCGUGUACAUAUAGCAUACUUUAUAGUACAGAACUUAAGAUACUAUGCAGGACUAUCUUUAAUGUACUAUCAUUGAUGUUUAAACUGAAAUUCAAUUGUGAUGUACAUCGAUAUAUAAAUACCGAUUUAGCAUUUAUUAAUGACAGUUUAAACACUGCUUCAUUUUGUAAUGACAGAUAAUGAAGAUAAUUGAAAUAAAGCGAUAUUUUUUACCUAAAUAAAUAAAUAAAUCAAUAACAAAUCAAUCAAUCAAUCAAUCAAUCAAUCAAUCAAUGAGUCAAUCAGUAAAAUAACUUUUACUCGACUCAUAACGAACGUAAUAUUAAGCUGAUUAAUUUAAUUAGAAAAUAGAAUGUAGUGAAAUGAAUUUAAGGACAAUAUGCCAACGUAUACACUUCUCUCAUACGAUACAACAGCACACGGUUUCUUGCAGACAACACGCGAAGAAUGCAGAGUGGCACGACGCACGGCUCCGACAUUCCAAGCUCAGGAGGUGAUUCACGAUCAUUUCAUCUAUCUAUGGAACGACUGGCUCGUAGACUUAAAACGUUUCAUUCUAAACAUGCCAUGCAAAUGUAGUUAUGUUCAUUAAAAAAGUUAUCAGAAAAUUUUA